CCCCUGGUUCGUCCCCUUAUGACCGUUGCCUCUCCCAUGUCCAAGCCAUGCGUCUGCGUGGCCACGUCUCGGGCCAAAGUGCGGAGGAGCGCCAGGCGCGGCGGUUGAACGACCAGCUGGCGGAGGCCAGCGACGUCUUGGACUUCUGCUGGCGGCGCCAGGCCCAGCUGCGGCCACUGCACCGCGCUACCGCGCUGCACCGCUUGGCCAAGGCCGACACUGGCCGUGAAUGGAUGUCCUCCGCUAGAGGAGCGUGGCUCCUCAACGAGGUGACAGCUGACAUGUCCCACUAGGUCUCCCCGCGGCACUUGGCCAACGCAGUGCGAGGCUUCGCCACGUCGGCGCCCAAAAACGCGUCGGCGCUGCAAGCGCCCGGCGCCAAAGUCCAGGCGGAUGAGGGCACCAGCGCGCAGAACGCCGCCAACGGCGCGCGGGCCUCCGCAGUGCUGGCGCGCGCAGAGCCGCAGCUCUUCGAUCGCCUGGCCCAGCAGGCGCUGCAGCAAGUGAGGCGCUUGGGGCCGCAGGGCCUGGCCAACAGCUGCUGGGCCUUUGCCGCAGUGCGGCUGGUACAGCUGCCGCUUUUGACCGCUAUAUCACGGGAGGCAAUGAGGCGGAUACACCGAUGGCCGACACAGGAGUUGGUGAACAGCAUUUGGGCGACCGGCCGGCUGUUGCUCGUGGGCUCGGCGCUGGUGGGCGCAGCCGCCGACGCGGCAUUGGCAAAGUUGGGCGAGCACUGCGCCCGGGACCUCUCCAAUAGCGCCUGGAGGCCUGCAGCCCUGGCUGCGCAGCACCAGCCCUUGCUCUCGGCAACUGCGUCAGAGGCAGCUGUGAAGCUGGUCUCCGGAGAUACUCAGGCGCUCUCCAACACCCUGCGGGCGCCCGCCACGUCGUCCGCCUGCGGCGCGGCUUCGGCGGAGGCUGCCGCGGCAGAGACGAAGCGGAGGAGUGCAGAGCCGACGCCCCAAGACGUGUCCAUCCUCGCGCGGUGCUUGACGGUGCUGAUGGCAAAAGAGGUGCCAAUGCUGGAGACACUCUCUGCGUGUGCCUCCAGGAGGCUGCGGCAGCUCGAUCCACAGCACCCGUCGAACACCGCACGGGCGUCAGCUGUGCUCGGCUCUCCGGGUGAAAGGCUCAUGGGGGAGAUUGCGGCUGCCGUGUGCCAGACAGGCUCGCCGGAUCCACAGAACUCGGCCAACCUGGUGCAAGACUCCGCGACGCCUGGGUUGGGUGCUGCGCCGUUUUUGGCCUCAGCGGCCUCUUCGGCCAACACGCUGCUGCCGAACUCUGGGCCCCAGGAGCCGGCCAACAGCGCCCGGUCCCUUGCCAAGCUGCGCUGGGCCGAUGAGGCCUUCUUCGAUGCCUCGGCCAACGAAGCCGCCGGCAAGUUGGCACAGUCCAGCGUGCAGGACACGACAAACAUCCUACGGGCGCCCGGGCAACUGCUGCCUCACCAGGAUUCGGUCUUUGACGCAAUUCUGGCCAAGGUCGCGCGGGAUCCUUGGUCCUUUGCCGCGGAACCCAGCGCUCCCAUGGUCCUGUGGGCCUCCUGGAAGGCGGGAGCUUUCCCGCGCCAGCUCUUCCACCUCUGGCUGGAGGAUCUCUCCGCGGAGUCCUUUGGCCUGGCGUUAAUGGACACCCUCUGGCGCAAGGAUGCAGAGGAGGAACAAGAGGUCCUGCGACAGCUCUAUCGCUGUUUUCCGGUGGGACCCUGGCAGGCACCCGCAGCGCGAGCGCUGCCUCUGGGGUACCGCAAGGUGGCCAACCUGCUGGAGACGUUGCAGGCCGUUCAUGGCGCCGAGGAGAUCCUCGCCGCUUGUGAAGAUUUUGCCCGGCACAAGGGUCAGUGGCUGAAGGUCGCUGGGGGGCACAAGGCAGAGUUGUUGCAAGCGGCGCAGAGUGGGCGACCUCUGGCACCAGCGGAGGUGCUGGUGGAGUUCGGAGCCUAUGUGGGCUACAGCGCCGUGCGCCUAAGCAGGCAGCUGCGCAGAAACUGCCUCAGCCUGGUAUCCCUGGAGGUGAAUCCGGUGCACGUUUGCAUCUCCCGGCGCCUCUUAGACCUGGCGCGCGUGUCCUGGGCCGAGGUGAAGCCUGGCCAAGCAAAGGACCUUGUGCCCCAACUCAUGGAAGAACUGGGCGAGCGCUGUGCAGGGCUCAUCUUUAUGGACCAUCGGGGCACCAUCUUCCACCAGGACUUGGCGCUGCUUGUGCGGAGCAGAGCAUUGGCUGGGCAGGCACGCCUCAUUGCCGACAACACGCUGAACCCCGGCGCGCCGCUCUUUCUGUGGGAGCGCUUCCACUCGCACUGCGUCACCCAAAGCUGGGCGCUGCAGGAGUUUCUGGCGCACCACGAGGAUUGGACCACGACCUCGGAUUGGACCUGAUGCCUGCCUCGCGCGC